UCAAAGUCAAAUGUGGUCUCAGCUCUUUCUGUUAGCCUCUAGACUCCAAAUGAGUAAAAGAGAUGGAGUUAAAGUUACUGCUUCCUUCACCUCACUUCACUCUGUUAUCAAUACAUGUAGUAAAUAAAAAGAAAUUCCUCAAAUAGAGUAAGAAUAACCAGAAAAGGUUUCAGGAAGAGCUACGUAUUAAUCUUGUAACACUAAAGUAUGUUAGAGCAUAAUCUGCUCUUUAAGAACAUGGAGAUUAUUUUGUGAAAUGAAGCCUACUUUGAUAGGAAUCGUUGAAGAGACAGUGCCGUGUUCUUAAUGCAGAUAAAGAAUGACAUAGUAUGAUGGUUUGCUUCAGAAAAGAACGUCAUUACAAAAACUGAAGAUGUGCAAUGUAGAAACUCACUAAAAAAGUAAGCAGUGCUGCAUGAUGACAGUAAAGUCAAACCAGCUCUCUUGCAAUGUUAUUUGUGACUUGCAGCUGCACCGACGUGAAUCCAGCUGCAGCUCAGUGCACAGCCAGAACCGCCUGCUGUAACCGGGUCGCCCUGCAGCCCGUCAUCACAGACCUGGUGCAGAAUCUUUUGCCAAGGCUUAGUGGGAAGGUGGACGUCGUCCUCUUCAAUCCUCCAUAUGUGGUCACUCCAUCAGAAGAGGUGGGCAGCAGAGGUGUAGAGGCGGCGUGGGCCGGAGGAGAGCGAGGCAGACGGGUCACCGACAGGUUCCUCCCUCUGGUUCCUCAGCUGCUCUCCAGUAAAGGCCUGUUUUACCUGGUCACCAUCGCCGAGAACAAGCCAGAGGAGAUUAUCGGGUUAAUGAGCCAGUUUGGGCUGGAAGGAGAGACCCGCCUGUCAACCAGAGCUGGGAAUGAGAGGUUGUCGGUCCUGCGUUUCCAUAGAAACCAGCAGAGGUGACAGACUAUGUUUCCAUCUGGUCCCAGUUGCACCGCUCCACUGGCCACCAGCUCCAGAGCUUUAGGGAGCGCUUUGUGCUCGGCCUCCCCGAUUCUGGCCGACAGACUUUCCUCUGUGUCUCCAACCAACACCGGAACGGCUUCCUGGACCACGACGGCGCCUGCAUCAACCUCUUCCUAGAAGAAACGAAGAACUUUUAUUGUGUGGAUUUAUUUGAUGAGCUUUAUAUGUGUUAGCGCAACACUUACAGCUACAAAGUGGACGGUGCACCCAGUUAUCAGCACUCUGGCCUGGAGAGCCUGUUGCUGGGCAUUGACCCCUUUGAAUGAAGGCAGCAGGGAGGGAUGAAUGUUGAGGAGCCUCCCUAAAGUUAAAGUUACAGUUACUUGGGUACAAAAGAAAAAACCAGCACAAAAAUACAUUUUAUUUUUAAACACAAUAAAACUUUACACAUAAACAGACUUUUACCAUGCCAUUUUUUCACAAAGAUCCCAGUCAGGAUCCUCAUGAAACCAGCAAGGCAGACCAGUUCCACUCCAAACUCUUUAAGGAGAAGGUCAAUGGUGGCAUCAAACUCAGCUCUGCUGCCAUACAGCUUGUGAUCCACAACCUGUUGGAAGACAAAAACAGAGAUGAGUAAAACUUCACAUUAAUUAGGAUGAAUCCUAACCUACGCUGGUCUGGAUGCCGGCCAGCGCUGCUCUCUUCAGACCCUGAGCUCCAGGUCUGUUUGAAACCACCAACACCUUAGGCUCCUCCCCCUUUCAGGUGACAACAAACACCUUUAUUGUCAUGUUUUCCUUUUGUAUGAGUUGAGCUGUAAAACUGUAGGUCAGAUUUGAACUUUUUCAGGUUUUGCUCAGUGUUCAGGUCAUUGCCAGCCAACAUUUUAUUGCAGGAAAUUAUUUCAGGAAGGAACCAAUAGAUUCAGGAGUCUGGGAGAUGAGACUGUAACCGACCUGAACACUGAGGCCCCAGAGCGCCCCCUGCAGGAUCUGCUGCACCAUCACCGUUUCCAGCAGCAAAUCAAUCAUCUGUUGGUCCAGACAGAAAAGCUGAAGCUGUCAGUGAAGCAGAUCAGAAGCUGAGCAGCAGAAACCCAGAAGAACUGGAAGCAGCAGCAGGAGAUGAACUGGACCUCUAGGAUCACUGAUGCUGCAGCUGAGGAAGAGGAGGACGAUGAAGGUGAAGCUGCCAUCCUCAGACUUCUUGUUUAUCAACCCAAGAAAGCAGAAAACCUGCAGAAAAUCAGCUGAAGAAGAACCACGAGGAGCUGGAGACGUCCGGCGCCCUCUAGUGGCUGAUUGAACUACUGCACUGGGAGAACUGGACCUUGACGCUACUGCAGCUCAGCGGCUGGUUUCUCUCUGAAUGGACCAAUCAGAACCAAAGAGGAUUCAGCUCUGAGACAACUAUUUACAACUACACACAGUAGUUACACAUAUGCACAACAUGUUAGUGUUUCUAAACACUUAUCUAGAGUUUAGAAAACAUAAAAAACUAUCAGGAGUUGUCAGAGGAAAGUUUUAAAACAUUAAAACUUAACCGUUGAAAUGAAACCAUAUAAUUGUUUACUAAAAUAUUUCUUCAUUGCUCCUGUAACAAUAAAACGUAAUAAAUGU